CGGUGAUCCAAUGGCGUCUGAAGGGCAUUCUCCAUGCGAAGGAUACUCCACGGGCGAAGAGCAUCCCCAUGGAAUUGCUUCUGCGUGGAGCGAACUGUCCUACCAAAGUCGAGCUCCUGAUAUCAACGGGUACCUGGAGCCAGAAUGGGUUUCUCCUCACUCGAGCUUCCCAACCUCUGCGAAUCCAUUUGUUCAUACAAAUGGGUCUAUGCCGACGCCAAUUAGUCUUUCAGGUACACCUGUUCUUGAACCAGGGCAGAGCCCUUCACAUAGCCACCAUGAUCUUCAAUAUCGCGAUAUUACGGAUUCCCCUACACACCAUGGACUCGGCAUCAGUGGACCGACUACUACAAACUAUGUGCAGCCCGGUAUCUUCACAUAUGACCAUCCUCAUCGCGACGCACUGGAUAAUCAUUUUUUGCCUGAAUCUCAAGUAGCCGGGUUUGGCUUACGGGCCCUCAAUGGUCCUACGCAAUCUAACACUCUAUCUACGCGAUCCAAUCCUGGAAGGGGCCAUGUGAACAUUGCUCCAAAUCCUGAUGGACUUCUUAAACUCCAGCGUGAUAGGAAAAGAAAUCAAGGCGUAGACGCGUCCCAACGCCGCAGGUCUGGGUCGUCUCGAAGAAAUUCGGGGCAAAGAUCAAGGCCGUCACAGAUGGAUCGCGAAAACGAAGCUGUUCGAUCAAUGAGAACCGAGAGAAAUUUAUCUUGGAGAGAAAUUGUGAUGAGAAUAAACGCUGAAUUUAGGACAAAUUAUUCAGCCUCCUGUCUUCAAAUGCGGAUGACGCGUAUGAAGCACCGAGCCAUGCAAUGGCCCGAGGAAGAUGUCCAAGCACUUCAGCGAGCAUAUGAAUUCUGGGAAUCGGAAAAGUUCGAGAUCAUAUCACAGAAGAAGAAAGUCCAGAGGCUUCCGAAGGCCCCCUCCGAUGUCGCCAACGCAGAACGCAAUAAUAUUUUCCAGCAAAACAAUGCUGUAUAUUAG